ACAUGGGAGACGAUUAAAGCUUCACAUGUGAGAUCCACAUUCAGCCUGCCAAUGAGGGAGACUGAGGAUGGAGGACGGUUGCGCAACAGCAGGAGGGGGAGGGUGGGAUGAAUGUCAAGUCUUAGUUACAUUAUCUACACUGAUUGCCACCCAUUAUGCCCUCAUGCCCACCUAGUCAGUGCAUCAUAUAGAAAAUCUAAUCAAAUGUAACUUUUAUUUCAAGUGCAUUCCAACCUCUCCGUACUCUUUACAGUAAAAUGUGUGUGUGUUAAGGUAAGCAGAAUAUCUGUUUGUGACUGUGUGUGCUUAACUCAUCCAUUUGGUUGCUCUCUGACAGACCAUUGCUGACCUGGUGACAGAGAAGGAUCUGUCGGAGGGAAGACUGUACCCUCCCCUGAACACCAUCAGAGAUGUCUCUCUCAAGCUGGCCGUAAAGGUGAGUGCACACACACACACACACACACACACACACACACACACACACACACACACACACACACACACACACACACACACACACACAUUUCCUUAGGUCUUCAUGCUUCCAUACCCUCAAUAGGUCUUCAUACUUACACUGGGUAUACCAAACAUUAGAAACACCUUCCUAAUUUUAGAAACACCGCCCCUCCAAUGCUUUUCACAGUUGUGUCAAGUUGGCUGGAUGUCCUUUGACUGGUGGACCAUUCUUGAUACACAUGGGAAACUGUUGAUCGUGAAAAACUCAGCAGCGUUGCAGUUCUUGACACACUCAAACCGGUGCGCCUGGCACCUACUACCAUACCUCAUUCAAAGGCACUUAAAUAUUUAGUCUUGCCCAUUCACCCUCUGAAUGGCACACAUACACAAUCCAUGUCUCAGUUGUCUCAAGGAUUAAACAUCCUUCUUUAACAUGUCUCCUCCCCUUCAUCUACACUGAUUGAAGUGGAUUUAACAAGUGACAUCAAUAAGGGAUCAUAUCUUUCACCUGGUCAGUAUAUGUCAUGGAAAUAGCAGGUUUCCUUAAUGUAUACAGUGUACACCUAUGAACUAUCGUGUGUGUGUGUGUGUGUGUGUGUGUGUGUGCCUUACAGAUCGUGGAGUAUGCCUAUGAGCACAAGAUGGCGACGCUGUGCCCGGAGCCUGAGGAUAAGGAGGCUUUUGUGCGCUCCCUCAUCUACAGCACUGACUAUGACGAGUUUGCCGUGGACUCUUACCGCUGGCCCGAGGACGCCAUGACCAUGCAGUCAUGCAGACUGUGA